AUGUUGUCCUCUCGCUUCGCUCGCGCCGUCCCGCGCUCUGCCUCUCUGGCUCGCCCUUCCACACUCAGAGUCCCCGGUGCUUCUUUCCGGAGAUGGAACUCGACAGAGGGUGGUGAGGAGAAGGUCAAGGGCCAGGUUAUCGGUAUCGAUCUGGGUACCACCAACUCCGCUGUUGCUAUCAUGGAGGGCAAGACUCCUAAGAUCAUCGAGAACGCCGAAGGUGCCCGCACAACGCCCUCGGUUGUCGCUUUCGCCCAGGAUGGUGAGCGCCUUGUCGGUAUUGCUGCCAAGCGUCAGGCUGUUGUCAACCCGGAGAACACUCUGUUCGCCACCAAGCGUCUUAUUGGACGCAAGUUCACCGACGCUGAGGUCCAGCGUGACAUCAAGGAGGUUCCCUACAAGAUCGUCCAGCACAGCAACGGUGACGCCUGGGUUGAGGCUCGUGGCCAGAAGUACUCUCCCUCCCAGAUCGGUGGCUUCGUCCUCAACAAGAUGAAGGAGACCGCCGAGGCCUACCUGAGCAAGCCCGUUAAGAACGCUGUCGUGACCGUGCCCGCCUACUUCAACGACUCCCAGCGUCAGGCCACCAAGGAUGCCGGUCAGAUCGCCGGUCUUAACGUCCUGCGUGUCGUCAACGAGCCCACCGCGGCUGCCCUGGCCUACGGUCUCGAGAAGCAGAGCGACCGUGUCGUCGCUGUCUACGAUCUGGGCGGUGGUACCUUCGAUAUCUCCGUCCUCGAGAUCCAGAAGGGUGUCUUCGAGGUCAAGUCCACCAACGGUGAUACCCACCUGGGUGGUGAGGACUUUGACAUCUCCCUCGUCCGUCACAUCGUCCAGCAGUUCAAGAAGGAGUCCGGCCUGGACCUCUCGGGUGACCGCAUGGCCAUCCAGCGUAUCCGUGAGGCCGCCGAGAAGGCCAAGAUCGAGCUGUCCUCUUCCCUCCAGACCGAGAUCAACCUCCCCUUCAUCACCGCUGAUGCCAGCGGCGCCAAGCACAUCAACCUGAAGAUGACCCGUGCCCAGCUCGAGUCUCUCGUCGACCCCCUCAUCAACCGCACCAUCGAGCCCGUCCGCAAGGCCCUGAAGGAUGCCAACCUCCAGUCCAGCGAUGUCCAGGACAUCAUUCUGGUCGGUGGUAUGACCCGUAUGCCCAAGGUCACCGAGUCCGUCAAGAGCCUGUUUGGCCGUGAGCCCGCCAAGUCGGUCAACCCCGACGAGGCUGUCGCCAUGGGUGCCGCCAUCCAGGGUGCCGUCCUGGCCGGUGACGUGACCGAUGUCCUCCUCCUCGAUGUCACCCCCCUCUCCCUCGGUAUCGAGACCCUGGGCGGUGUGUUCACCCGUCUGAUCAACCGCAACACCACCAUCCCCACCAAGAAGUCCCAGACCUUCUCCACCGCGGCCGACUUCCAGACCGCCGUCGAGAUCAAGGUCUUCCAGGGUGAGCGUGAGCUGGUCAAGGACAACAAGAUGCUCGGCAACUUCCAGCUGGUCGGCAUCCCCCCCGCCCACCGUGGCGUGCCCCAGAUCGAGGUCACCUUCGACAUCGAUGCCGACUCGAUCGUGCACGUCGGUGCCAAGGACAAGUCCACCGGCAAGGACCAGUCGAUCACCAUCGCCUCGGGCUCCGGUCUCUCCGACUCGGAGAUCCAGAACAUGGUCGAGGAUGCCGAGAAGUACGGCGAGCAGGACAAGGAGCGCAAGGCUGCCAUCGAGGCCGCCAACCGGGCCGACAGUGUCCUGAACGACACCGAGAAGGCGCUCAAGGAGUUCGAGGACCGCCUGGACAAGGCUGAGGCCGAGCAGAUCCGUGAGAAGAUCGCCACCCUGCGCGAGUUCGUUGUCAAGAACCAGUCCGGCGAGGGUACUGCCACCGCCGAGGAGCUCAAGCAGAAGACCGACGAGCUGCAGAACGCCAGCUUGAACCUGUUCGACAAGAUGCACAAGGCGCAGAAGGAGCAGGCUUCCCAGGCCGAGCAGCAGCAGCAGCAGCCCGAGGGUGAGAACAAGCAGUAA